AUGGCCACAAAACUCCUGACCCUCUUACUCUUCCUGGCCUUCCACCUGGGCAGCCCGACCACAGUCCGCCGGAAGCUCUUGGUCUUUCUGCUGGAUGGCUUUCGCCAUGACUACAUCAGUGAUGAAGCCCUGGAAUCCUUGCCUGGGUUCAAAGAGAUUGUGAGCAGAGGGGUGAAAGUCGAUUACUUGACCCCGGACUUUCCCAGCCUUUCCUACCCUAAUUACUACUCUUUAAUGACAGGUCGCCACUGUGAAGUCCAUCAGAUGACUGGGAACUACAUGUGGGAUCCUAACACAAACAAAUCAUUCGACAUUGGGGUUAACAAGGACAGCUUGAUGCCUCUCUGGUGGAAUGGAUCAGAGCCACUGUGGGUCACCAUGACCAAGGCGAGACGGAACGUAUCUAUGUAUUAUUGGCCAGGCUGUGAGGUUGAAAUCCUUGGUGUCAGACCUUCUUACUGUCUAGAAUAUAAAAAUGUCCCAACGGAUACCGAUUUCGCCAAUGCAAUCAGUAAUGCCCUUGACUCUUUCAAGAGUGGUAAAACAGAUCUGGCUGCUAUCUAUUAUGAACGCAUUGAUGUAGAAGGGCAUCAUUAUGGUCCUUCAUCGACUCAGAGGAAAAAUGCCCUUAGAGCUGUGGAUACCAUCUUACAACAUAUGCUCAAGUGGAUCCAGGAGAGGGGGCUGCAAGAUGCCCUAAAUAUCAUUCUCUUCUCGGAUCAUGGAAUGACUGACAUUUUCUGGAUGGACAAAGUGAUUGAGCUGAAGGAACACAUCAACCUGACUGAUCUGCUGCAAAUGAAGGACCGGGGUCCUGUUGUGAGCCUUUGGCCAGUGCCUGGGAAACAUUCAGAGGUAACUAACAAACUGAAGCUGGUGGAACACAUGACUGUUUAUGAGAAAGAGGCAAUUCCCACCAGGUUUCAUUACAAGAAAGGAAAAUUUGUGUCUCCUCUGACGUUAGUGGCUGAUGAAGGAUGGUUCAUCACUGAGAAAAAAGAAAUGCUCCCCUUCUGGAUGAACAGCACAGGGAAGCGGGAAGGCUGGCAACACGGAUGGCAUGGCUAUGAUAAUGAGCUCAUGGACAUGAGAGGCAUCUUCCUGGCCUACGGACCUGAUUUCAAGUCCAACUUCAGAGCGGCUCCAAUCAGAACAGUGGAUGUUUACAACGUUUUGUGUAACUUGGUGGGGAUAACCCCACUUCCCAACAAUGGCUCCUGGUCCCGGGUGGCAUGCAUGCUAAAUAGCCAGCCCAGUGAGGCACAAUCAGUGCAGCUGAGCAGCUGUGGCCUAGUAUUCAUUCUCUCCUUACUGUUUGUACAACACAUCUGA